UGUAUGUUUCAGCAAAGCAUUUCUCUACAGUUCUGCACUGUUCUAAAGCAAAUUAAUUAUUUAAGAAAUUAAAGGUACAUUCCGUGUGAAAACUACAGGUUUUCCUAAUAUGGCAAUGUAGUAUUUGCAACAUUUGAUCCAAAAGCAUAUAUGACUAAAUGUAAACAUAAUUCUCUAAUAAGCAGCUUGUCAUUUGGAAUUUGAAGACAACAUUAUUAUAGUUCAUUAGUUACACUUUAUUUGCAUCUGGCAAUUAGUUUGAUUCAGUGACUCUUGUUGUGAUGUAAUUAACCAUUAUCUUAAUUAAAAGAAUCAUAAUCAACAUGUAUGCGCAUGUCUCUUGCUAUCUCCCGACUUUCCUACUGCUGUAUGCCUUGGGAGCAAUGACGUGGUAGAGAGCUAGUGACUGGAUUAUAAUAUAAGGACGGCUGCUAAUGAUGCCUGAAUGAGUGUUAUACACGUCCGAAUCCUACGUAUUCCAGAAGUUCCCGAAUUUGUUAUAUUGUUAGUGUUCUAACUUGUAAACUUUUUAUUUACAUUGUAUAAUGAACAGCAAGAGAAUGCAUAAUGUGCUCAAAUGAGUGCUUGUGACAUUUCUUUGCUACUUGAUGUAAUUUAAUUACAUGUAAUAGCUGUAUUUUUAAAUUAGAUGUAUCGUAUCUCACAUAUACAUUCUACACGUAUGCGCUACUAUAAUAAGCAUUUCUGGUAAGGCAAGUUCCUUCGUAAUGAUAUUUGCCGCAAAAUGGAACAGGAACGCCCAAUGACCGCAUCUUUCCGUUCAAGAUGUACGCCAACUUAUUUAUAUGCUGAGACUAAACAACAUCCUGUCCCUUUAAGGGUUUUACUGUACACACACAAACUGCCCUCGUUUUAAAUCUCUGUCACUCUCGUGGUCAUUUCCGGCACGCACGCCUACGCAGAGGAAGCAGCCUAUCAGCGCGCGGCGCACGUUACGAGCGUUCUAGACGAUGAGCUCAUCCCCGAUUUGGGAUGACGUCAAAUACAAAAUGGAUGGAAUCACGACGGCCACACGCUCGGCGCAAUUCUAACAUCGGCGCCCGUUCUAGGCUGUCCCGGGCGCCGAAGAGAAGCCGAAAAGCAACGAUGGAGAGCUUGGUCCAUUACAUUAAUCCUGCCCAUGCCAUCUCCCUGCUCGGGGUCCUCAAUGAGCAGCGUCUCAAGGGUCAGCUGUGUGAUGUCAUCUUGAUUGUAGGAGACCAGAAAUAUGAGGCGCACAAAAGUGUUCUCGCUGCGAGCAGUGAGUACUUCCAGUCCCUCUUCUCCAGGAAUAACUCGGAGGCCCAAACCACGGUCCAGUUAGACUUUUGCGAGCCCGAGGCUUUUGAGAAUGUCCUGAAUUAUAUAUAUUCUUCAUCUCUGUUUGUGGACAAAGGCAGUCUGGUAGCCAUUCAGGAGCUUGGAUACAGUUUAGGAAUCCCUUUCCUGACUAACAUCAUGUCAACUAGGCCUCAGGUUUCCUACAGCAUCUCCAGAAAGAGGACGUCCUUUUCUGAGGAGGAUGAUAAUCGUUACCAGAAGAGGAGCGUCAUUGUUUGCCAGAGUAGCAGCAAUCAGCCCACCUCUAGUUCCUCCCAUUUCAAAGGUCUAAAUCGUAACGGAAAACCAACGUCAGUUCAGGCACCCCUCUUGACACAUGAACAUAGUUUGUCUGCAAGAGGCCUGUGUAAGUCUUCAGAAUAUGACCGCCCACGAGAUGCAUUGAGGAAAACAGCAUCCAGCCAUAGAAGCUCUAUCGAAACCACAGGGAGCCCAGACAAUAGAUCCAGUGCACCAGACACCCUCGUCAGAGGGAGGGCUGUGGACUUAGUGUCCACUCGACCACAGUUAACCUCUUCGGUUUCCCUCAGUGAGUCUCAAAUCCAGCACAGCAGCUUACAGGCAGGCACUGUAAUUGCUAAAGAGGAACUGGUAACUCCACUUUAUAACCCCAAACAGCCAUUUACUGGCCAAACAAGUGAAUCGAGCCAGACCGUUGACCGAAGUGGACCACUCAUAAAAAGCCUUCUACGCAGAUCCCUGUCAAUGGACAGCCCUGUUCCAGUGUUCUCCCCAGCAUUGGAGCUCAGUAAGGAGCAAAGUCGAGUACAGUCUGUAGUCAAAAUGGCCUCACAAAAAACAACCGACACGGACCCCACAGAGCAAAGGCAUCAAAAUUCAACUGCGACUGCGCCACUCAGUUCUACAUCCAGGAACUAUUAUAAGUAUGACGAGGAAGAUGUUCAUAAAACUGAGGUCCAUGUGAAAACAGAACCUAGUAGCCCGCUAGCAGAUCCAUCUGAUAUCAUCCGGAUUACAGUCGGUGAUAGUUUACCAGUUAACUUCAAAGAUUUCCAGGUUAACUUUGAUGAAGGGCCCAAAGGAUUUUUUAAACAUUCUGGGAAAAGAAAAGCUAGACUUGACAAUAGAAGGAAUCAAUUAAAAAAGUCCAGGGGUGGUAGUGAAUCUGACUUUGCAACUAGUGAUAACGCACAGACUACUUCACCUCAUAAUUCUGACUUGAAUGAUGAGAGUGAAUUGGGACAAUCAAGGCAGAACAAAAUGUUUAAGUGCUGGAAUUGUUUAAAGGUGUUUCGGUCAAAUGCCGGACUCUAUCGUCAUGUGAACAUGUAUCAUAACCCGGAGAAGCCCUAUUCCUGUGGCAUUUGUCAUAAGCGAUUCCACACAAACUUCAAAGUAUGGACCCAUUGCCAGACGCAGCAUGGCAUCAUGCAGAACCCAGCUCCAUCCUCCAGCUCAUACACAGUAUUGGAUGAGAAGUUUCAAAGGAAACUGAUUGACAUUGUUCGAGAGAGGGAAAUUAAAAAAGCCCUAAUCAUGAAACUCAGGAGAAACAAGCAGGGAACGCUACAGUCUCAGCCAUUUAACAAGAGGGGUCUGAGAACGUGGUCCAAGAGCUACAUGUGCCCUUAUUGCGGAAAAUUUUUCUUGUUUCAGUCUCAGUUCAAGCAGCAUCUCAAGAUGCAUCCUUGUGAGAAAAUGGAUUCUCAGACAGAGAGGGAAGACUCUCUAACCCAAAAGGAGGACCAGGUAGCACAUUUGAAAGAGAAUAAAAACAAAGACAUGUACCCUUGCAGGCUUUGCAAUGAGAAGUUGUCAUCGUUAUUCGAGCAGGGAGAUCAUGAGAGGGGGUGCCGUCAUGCAACCGUCUGCCCAUACUGUGGCCUUCGGUUCUCAAGCCCAGUAGUGAAGAUGGAACAUGAGACCCAUUGUGAGUACAAGAAGCUAACAUGUCUGGAAUGUAUGCGCACGUUCAAAUCCUCCUUCAGUAUAUGGCGGCACCAAGUCGAGGUUCACAAUCAGAAUAUAAUGAAUGUAAAGGAACAGCUGACCCUCGGCGUUCAGGAUGGUGGCGGCAAAGUCUCGGAUCUCGUCGGUGCCGCGGCCUCUAAAGAAGAUGUCACCUUCAGCGACUCAUCGGGGCAGGCCAUGUUUGAUUCAGAAGAGUCAUCCUUCAUGCCAGAAGAUCUAAGUGCUUCCCAAGAACCAGGAGAGCUGAGGGUGAAGGAAGAGCCUGAAGAGGAGGCAGUGGACGAGCAGGCGAGACGGGUAUCUGUCGAGAUGCCUGCGGAGGAAUCUGGUGUGUGGCCGUGUGAGAAGUGCGGCAAACUCUUCAGUGCCCACAAGCAGCUGGAGCGCCAUCAGGAGCUGCUAUGCCACAUCAAGCCCUUCAUCUGCCACAUCUGUAAUAAAGCCUUCAGGACCAACUUCCGCCUCUGGAGUCAUUUCCAGUCCCACAUGACCGCUCCAGAGGAGCCGCCAACCAGAGAGUGCGCCGAUCGACGUAUGUCCUCUCCCUGCCCGUCUCCACCUCCAUCCCUACCGGUAGCUGGAACUCCAGCUCCUCAAGCAGAGUCACCAAAUCCAGCCUCACCUGGAGCAGAGCCAGCUACUUCAGCACACUCCGUCUCACAGAUUCCUGAGCAAAAUAAGAAAGAUGGCAGCGCUCCCCCUACCAGAGACACCGCUGAUAAGCCCCUAACUCCUCAGGAAUCAGACACCCUAUUCUACCACGCACCUACCCUCUCAGCCCUGACCUUUAAAAGGCAAUACAUGUGCAAGCUUUGUCACAGAACCUUCAAGACAGCUUUCAGCCUGUGGAGCCAUGAGCAGAGCCACACUAAUCCUUGACUGUUUACCAGGCUUAUGAGAUCUGACCGUAGGUAGGUUUCUGGAUACAUGCAGCAGCUUUGGCAGUCAUAUGAUGAAUUUGAAAGCUUUUAAGAUGAUUUAGUUCAAAAUCCUGACACUUAAGUUCUGUUUAAGGUUGGAAAGGCUUUGUUUGACUUUUUGUUAGUAUGUUCAAGCAAAGGUCCAUGAGUUUAAAUCUGGUUACUUUGUUUACAGCAAUAAGAGUGUCCUAAAUAUCUUGAUCUUGCAUCAUUUUCUCAAAAUAAUGGGAAAUGCAUCAUCAUUUUUUACUAGCCUCACAGUAGUGCUUUAAAUUCAAAAUGCUAUCUGGAACUAUUUGAUCUUUAGUUGACGGUAUGCUUUAGGGACAAAACAUUGGUUGCUAAAUUGAUUUCUUUGACUUAAAUCUGAAGGGGAAGCAAAGAUUUUUAAACCAAAUCAUAUAAUAAUCAUUUAUUGGAUUAUUUGAAGCUGCCUUUUGUUUUUAUUGUCUUUUUUGCUAGUAAAUUUGUGGUUGGCUUACCACAAAAGAUUAUCAUCACCGUGCUUCAAUACAGGUGUUUAAAGGUUAGCGUCUUCCGUGGCAGUUGAAUGUAGUCUGGCGGUUGCGGUUUAAUUUCUUAAUUUUGCUUGCCUCCAAAUCCCCCUCCCUGUGUGAUAAUUUGCCUUGAAAAGUCAGAAAUCAAGCGCCUGAGUUACAUGUAACUCUUCUUGUUAUAACCUAUUAUUAUUAUCAUUAUUUAAUUUCAUACAAGAAAGUGCUUUAAUCAUUGCAACUUAAUACUGAUUAAGUGCUCUUGCAAAUUAACAAUUGUCUCGGGUCGUGUCAAGAUUUUUACAAAAUAGUUUUUGCUAUUUCUGAAUAGCAGUCUUAGCUCUGUGGAAGAAUUGGCACUUUCUAGCAAUCUGAAAAAGCCAUUACAUGUUCAGCCGUAUCAUGUUCAGUAUUUAUUGUAUAUUUUGUUUGCUGUCAGAAAUCCCAGAUACUUGUACAGAAGAAAUUACUCUUUGUGGCAGUAAUUAUUUAGCUUUAGUUAUUUUGAGGUUAUUUCUAUUAUCAUAGAACAUUUGAAAUUAGAAUCGCCAAAAAAAUUCUUAUUGGAAUGUUUUUUUUUCUGGAGGUUAUACAUCCCAAGAAGUAAUUUCUUCAAUUAACAUGUCAGAAUGUGUUUUUACUCCUGAUUAUUAUUAGCAUGAUAUAUUUACAUAAAUGUACUCAAAAUAUGUAAUUUGGCUAAAAUGAGUUGUUGGCUUCAAAACAAAAGGAGGAUGUUACUUAAUUUCAAAAUGGAAAAAUUAUACAGCUGAUUGUGUAUGUGCAAGGGAGUAUGACAUCAGCGUAAAUUAACUCCCUCUACAACCUAUGGGGUUACUUUGACACAUUCCAUUUCAAUGAAUAAUUCACCCAAACCUGUUUUGCUUUGAGUCAGUUCUACUUCACUUAUUUACCAUAAAGUAAUAAAUAGUGCCUUAGAUUUUAAUUUGCGGACAUUUUGUGGAGUGGGAUAUUAUAGAAGACUGUUCCUCCUAAGCUUUUUCUAUUCCAUAACAAUAACUAAAGGAAUUUUAUGAUUAUAUAUAUUUUUUUUUGCAAUUUGCACAAACUGAGAAACGCAUAAGUAUGUUUCUAUAUUGGCUGGCUCAUUCACGUGCUACAGUUUGAAUUGUUUUUAAAUGCCUAUUGCAUUUAAAUGGAAUGUAAUCAUUGAUUGUGUUCCUAAACAAAAAUCUUAAAGCCAUUUAGACAAGUAGCUGUAAUUAAUUCAGUAUUGAGUUGGUGGGCUUACAUUGAAUUUUCAUAUUCUACAUUUGGCUAUACUGUACCUGAGCAGCAACUGACCUCAAAAACUGAUAAAAUUAGGAUCACACACAUGCCAAUUUAUGCCAUAUGCCGUGUUCUUUUGUAAACCAUUCAGUCUGAUUUGCUUUGUGUACUUUCCUAAUGAGUGGUGUAGAUCUCUUAGUACGUAUAUAUAUAUUUGUGGGUCUGUUGCUUUAAUUCUAUUCAUAUUUACAUUUAUAAAGUCCUGUUCUACAGAUUUUUUUAAAAAUUGCAUUUGUAUGCAAGUGUUUAUUAUGAGGUCCUGAAUCAAGUUAUUCUAAAGAUUGAGACUGAUUAGAAGAAGCAUGUAUAACAUAUAGAUUUGUAAUAUAUUUGUUUUUACUUGGACUAAUUUAUACAGGUGUGGAGAGCUCAUUUUCUCUCAAACGUAACAGGAUGGUGUAAAAUUGGUAUGCCUUAGAGCGACAGUGCCCGGGCUUUUGGAUGGAGAGUAUUUGCCCAAGCAACCCAUUGAAGAGCUUGAAUCCAGAAUGAUUGCAAGUUAAACGUACAUACAAAAACCAGUUAGUUAUUUUUAUUUAUUUUUAUCUUUUUUUGGAGCUGAUGUGAAAUAUUGUUAAUCAAAUUUGUACCUCAGCAUACUUCUGGUGCAAAUUGUCAUGUCAGGCAUCAAUGUUUGUAUCCUGCACAAUGAAUUUUGCAAAUGUCAUGCCUUGGACACAUAUACAGGAUGUACAGUUCAAUUUGUACUUAUUUCCUUGAAUGUACCGACCUGUAAUUUUUUUUCUGUGGAUUUUGAAGUUGAACAGUGAGCUACAGGUUACCCCUGAUGGUAGGCAUAAUUUACAAUGUCUCAACCUAAGCGAAUAUGUCAGUUUUCAGAGAUAUUUGAAAUAUUUUGAUGUUAAUUUAAUCAGUGUAAAUGAUCAAUUACAGUUGUAUUUGUAAUAGGCUAUUCUGGUGUAUUUUGAGUCUACUCCGAAGGACACUGAAUGGAUAGGUGGAUACUUUUUUUUAAGCAAUGCAUAUGGCAGCAUUUGUACAACCUUCAGUUUUCCAGGUGUGUUUUCUGUUCCUCUAAAAUAACUAUUUGGUUGUACUGUAGUAUCACUGCAAUAAUUUUAAUAUUUGUAAUACUACGAAUUGUAAUACCGUGGCUUCAGAAUUGGCACCAGUUUUGUCUUAGUGCUUAUUUUCUACUGUUUGUGUGCUUUGUUUCUUAGCUACUGAAAUAAAGAGUGUCUGUUAUGUA